CAUGAGGUAGUUUGUGAAGGUACACUUAUGGAAGGGGAAGAGUCAAGUCCUAUAAUACCAUACAAAAACAUGAGAAGUAACUGAAGAUAGAUCAGAAAGACUGGAUUGCAAUGAUACUGUCUCAUAAUAGUGGUAUGUAAGUAGUGAAAACGUGUGUAGUAGACCAUGUGAUGUAGAAAAUCCUGUGCAAGGGUAGAUAUUAUUCAUUGGAUUUAAAAUGAAGAGGUCAGAUUCAAGGACAAAGUACUAUGCAAAGGAACAUAAGGUGAACAAUAUGUGUUGACAUUCUACGUAUCUUACAUCUUUAGAAAGAUUUUGUCCUCAUGUACAAGAAAGUUGUACAGAAAUUAGGCAACUAUCAGUUACAAAUAAAUUGCUAGUCACAGAUCGCACUGAGAGUUAGCGUUAUUAUUGCAAACAACAACAACAAUUGUAGGUUGUUGAAAAAUGUUUCGAAAGAAGCUGUUUGAUGUAGAUAUUUCUCCUAAGAAUCUGUGCACUUGCUGUUGGUCGCAAAAACCUCGACGGAACAGCGAUAUCCCAACUGCGAAAAAUGGAGUACCAUCACAUGGAACUUUUGAACAGACGCAAAGUGUCGUGGACUGCGCCAGAGGGAAUGGUGAUGGGGAAUCAAACAGUAUGAAAGAGGCGGCUGGAGCGUCCUAUGCCUACGAGGAUGAGACGUCCAGCGACAGUGAUGACGAAGUUCUCAAGCGGUUCAAGACCUCCGUGGAGUCCACCAUCAAGAGGUCCACAAGCCGGUACAGCCAAAAGUCCAGCCCUGCCCACGCCAAUAACGUACCAAAAUCAGUCAGUCAGCAUUCCAACAUCAAACAUGGUACAAUAGCUCCCAGCCAGUCCCUGCUCAGUGGGGAGAGUGUGACGCUUCAUGAUGAGAGACCUCUUGUUAGCCACGCUUCCAAACAUUCCACCCCCUCCAGCACCCCCUCCACCCCUUCUGGUCCCCGCCUGGGAAAACUGAUAGACAUGGAUUCCCCGCUGCGUGCCUCCCAGCCUCUCUCACAGGCCUCCAGUGGGGACAGUGGAACAGUGGUCUCCCAUAGAAAGCCUCGCAAUGAAGCUGGUGCCACGCUCCAAGGGGAGGAGUCUGGAACAGGCACUGUUUCCACCCCAGGGGCAGACUCAUUACCAGGGCCGGGCUCCAUGGCAACCUCCAUAACAACGGGCUCCGCCCACACACUGGAAGGCUCUCAGACCUUCAACAACCAGGCAUAUGACGGGGCCUCAGUACAGGAAAGCCAAGAUCACAUGUUUGACGUCAGUGAUCUUCAGAACGACGUUCCUCUUAUAUCAAAAUGUGGGAGUCUAGAAGUAACAUUCGCAUACAACCCUCAAAAAGGUCGCAUGUCGGUUACAAUCCACCAAGCUCAGGAAAUCCCCUCGAAGGACAGGGGAGGGUCCAAUAACACACAGGUCCGCCUACUUCUGUUGCCAACUAAGAAGCAGCGACAUAAGACCAAAGUGAAACAGGGCGAUAACCCGAUUUACGAAGAGAGCUUUGUUUUCAAUAAAAUAUCAGAAGAGGAUGUGACAGGGUUUGGGAUCCGGUUUCGUCUGUAUGGGGUGGAGAGAAUGCGACGGGAACGGAUGAUAGGGGAGAGCAUCAUCGGGUUUGCCUCUCUUAGUUUGGAAUCACCAUCAACACACUGGGUCAUACUGGAACCUCGCAGCAACCUUAGUCACGGAGAUUCCAAUGCAGACGUCUCAAGUCUGACUCGCAGUGACAGUGGUUCUUCCACCCAGUCUCUCCAACAUGGGGGCAUGCCCGAGCUACUUCUUGGGCUCGCGUACAACGGGACGACCGGGCGGCUGUCGGUCGAGGUCAUCAAGGGCAGUUAUUUUAGGAACAUGGCGAUGAAUCGGGCACCUGACACUUAUGUGAAGCUGACAUUGAUAGCACCUAACGGCAAGGAGGUGGCUCACAGCAAGACGUCGGUGAGGCGCGGCCAGCCAAACCCGCUGUUCAAGGAAACGUUCAUGUUCCAGGUGGCACUGUUCCAGCUUGCAGACGUCACGCUCAUGGUGUCCGUCUACAACAAGAAGUCCAUGAAGAAGAAGGAGAUGAUAGGCUGGUUUGCUUUAGGUUUGAACAGUUCCGGUGAAGAGGAAAACUCCCAUUGGACAGAUAUGAGAGAGAGUAAGGGAGAUAAUAUAUGUCGCUGGCAUGUCCUACUGGAGUCCUAGGAGUAGCCCCCCUUUGUUCCGUUUUGAAAAAAAUACUGAUGUUUCCUUUUCUUGGUGGGUCAUCAUGUGAGAUCUAUUUUGAAUCUCCUGAAUCUGGAUUAAAUGGAAGAUCACAAUAAUUAAAUGUAGAUGAUACAUGUAGUCUCUGUUUUGUGAGUAAAUACUGAAUUUUUGAAAAAUAACAAAUUUAAGUGUGCACUGUUUCUCUAAGCUUAAGUUUAUUUUAUAAAAUAAUUAAUUAUAUAACAGUGUUGAGUACAACAAAAUUUAUCACAUGGGGUGUUAUGCUGUUAAUGCGGGUAUGACAUUGAACAAAGUGAUUUGCAUUCCUUUGGCAAUCUUUUGCAGUGACAUUUAGAUUAAAGUUAAAUAAUGACAUAGAUGGGAUAUUU